AUUAGCGAACUUUCGUCUCGUCUCGUCUCCGUCUACCUUCCUCAGUCCUAUCUUUCUCCAUUCGCUCCCCUCUGCACUAAAACUGCGUCGUUUCUUAAGCUCCAAUAGUAUCACUGUCUUCCUCUUCCAGCUCUCACUUCCAUUUUCUUUAGCCUUAUGAUCCAAAGUGUCUUUGGCUAUGUAGCUCAGAUUAUCAAGAACUCCGAAGAAGAUCGAGCUAAUCUCGAGUGUUUUUCACUGGGCUAAGGAGGAUUUGCUUCUAUUGUAAAGUGCAGAUAUUAGAAGAAGUUCUAUUUGAUGGCUCCAUCAGCAAUUGAUUAUGCAUGGCUAUCCUCGCCUAGUGAGCCUUUUUGUAAAUCUUCAAAUUUAUGCGUAGAAGAAGCAAAUCCAGCUGAUAUUUUACCUGUGCUGGAAACUCCUAUUCCCUUUGCAUCCGAUAACUCUAACAUUCCCAAACCACCACCUCUCCCUAGUAAAAUUUGUACGAGAAUUGAGUAUUCCAAGAGGCCUCGUGAAUGUAGUUUUGUGCCGAAAGAAACAAAGGAUACAUGGGAAACACUUUUCAAGGAAGGGUAUGGUGCAGAUGUUUGUAUUAUCACCAACGAAAAAUCAUGUGUUCUUGCUCAUUCUAAUGUUUUGAGUAUUGCAUCACCUGUGCUGGGUAAUGUUCUCCGGAUAUUGAAAGUCAAGCAUGGCAUGAGAUACAUCAAAAUCCCUGGAGUACCUCAUGGAGCUGUCUAUGCGCUUAUUCGUUUUUUAUACUCAUCUUGCUAUGAAGAGGAGGAGCUGAAAAAGUUUGUUCUCCAUCUGUUAGUCUUGUCACAUUCCUACUCGAUUCCGUCACUGAAAAGAGUUUGUAUUUUCUCACUGGAGCAAGGUUGGCUUACCAAAGAAAAUGUGAUAGAUGUUCUUCAGUUAGCAAGGAACUGUGAUGCACCUAGGCUCGCCUUAAUUUGUGUCCGUAUGGUAGUAAAGAAUUUCAAAUCUAUAUCUUCAACUGAAGGAUGGAGAGCGAUGAAGCGCGCCAAUCCUGCUCUUGAGCAAGAACUUGUGGAGUCUGUUGUUGAAGCAGAUACUAGAAAGCAAGAGCGGCAGAGAAAAAUGGAAGAGAAGAAGGUCUACUUGCAACUGUUUGAGGCGAUGGAGGCCCUGCUUCACAUUUGCAAGGAAGGUUGUAGGACGAUCGGACCCCGUGAUAAGGUGCUAAAAGGAAGCCAGGGUGCCUGCAAUUUUCCAGCUUGUAAAGGACUUGAAACUCUAGUGCGUCAUUUCUCAAAUUGUGAGACUCGGGUCCCUGGUGGAUGUGUUCACUGCAAGCGCAUGUGGCAGCUUCUUGAACUGCAUUCCCGCAUGUGCAAUGAGUCCGAUUCCUGCAAGGUUCCUCUUUGUAGGCAUUUUAAGGGGAAAAUGCAGAAGCAGAGCAAGAAAGAUGAGACAAAGUGGAGGCUGUUAGUGAGCAAAGUUAUUGCAGCAAAGAAUGCAGUUGGGUCAUUAUCAUGUCAAUCUUCAGGUCUAUUUUGACAUAUUAUCUUAAAUGGGAAAAUGGCAUUACCAUGUAUUCUUUUUAUUGUAAUUGGUUAAUGCUCCCGUAUAUACCAGCACUAAAAAUAAAUUAUUUGCUUCAAAAACAAUUAAUUUAGUGAACU